UGUCUCCGCCCAUAAUCACCACCCAAAUCACAAGGCACCGGCCCCUUGUGGGCCUUCCUGCGGGCUAACGCCGCUUGUUCGGGCUGAGCCCGGCCAGGUCCCGUGAGCAAGGACCCGGCCACCAGGCACUCGCCUGCGAGCACCAACCCCGGGCCUUGCUCCAGAGUGGGGAAUCUCUUUGAUUUAAUCAUUUUCUUCAUCAAGGGGGGGUUGAACCACUAUUUAUCUGAUCCGUCGCCGAGGACCUGUUUGCCUUGGGAGACCUUACCAGGGGCAUUAAGCCCCCAGCAACAUACAGUAGCUCCUAGGUUCAUUCGGAUACUCAAACCCCUCCACCACAUUAAGGUUGCGAUUCAAGGAGGGGAUUAUGCACUUUAAUACAAGGUAAAAAACAUAUUCUAUUUAAACUAAGCCAGUGCACAGACAGGAGGGGGUCACAUACACAGUCCUAAUACCUGGCUCUCUCCAAGGUAAAUAUUAGGUUAUUACUGUUCUCUGACAAGGAUUCAUAUGAAAACAGUUAAGGUUUCAUAGUACUUAUAGUAUGUUGAAUAUACGGUAUCAAUGGUCGUACCCUCAGAAGUAAUAGGAAAAAAAUUAGGAAAAUAUUUUGGAUCCCAUUGACAGCAAUUGUUGACUUGUUUUAUUAAACUUGGUUUCAAAGAUUACCCUUGGGGGUGUUGGUACUUUAUACAGUUCGUUGUAGAUGCCUUCAUUUCAUACUUGAAAAAUCAGCACUGAAGACAAAUUAAGACUGUUUCAGGAUUAGUAUUUGUUAACGUGUUGUGUCUUAGAAAAGAAAAUAUAUUACACAUAUCCCUUCGUAUAUUGUGUGUGGUGUCUGUCUUAUCUGUAUAAAUAUGACACAAUAGACUUCAUAAACAGGAAAAUAAAACUGAAAAAAGGCGAUGUAUAAACAGUUUUAUUCUAAGCUGAACUGUGCUAGUAACAAAGAGGAUGCCAAAGUGUCUGUGAAUUAAUGUUCUUUUAUACAGAUUCUAUAUCUGAGGUACUUUUGGAUCAAAGUGACAUUGUAUCUUUUUCCGUGUUGAAGAAAAUUAACAGAACAUAAACUAACCAUGGUCUUGGUUUCAUGCUCUUCAUGUUUCAUUUUAUCUAAUAUUGUCUAGACAUUAGUUUGGCACUUGCCCUGGAGGUGAAAGUCUGCCUUUUUGUUCAUUGAUUACAACAGUUGAUUUAUUAUCAGAUGUAUAAUACUCGUGUAGCAUUAUAUAGCCUAUACAUAUUUACGUUUUUUUAAUGUUUAGUAUAUUAUAUAGAUAUGUAGACAAGAGGACUAGCCAUAUGAAGUAUUGUAAUUUUUUUGGUAGCUGUGGGAGGAAGAUGAGCCUUUCUUUCUUUUUUUCUCUCUUUUAUAAUUUUAUCUUUUUAGGUUAUACAUUUACUAGAGGGUUAGUCCUCCGAGCCGCACGGUGGCAGCAUCACUUUGAACACAAGAAUCCGAAGCUUGACAGUCAGGUCAGACUGAUUACAGCAAAACAACGGCAGCUAUCCCACAAUUGCUAGUUUAAAACUGACAUAACUAGUGUUUAAAGUAUCAUUACUAUCGUCUAAACGUCAUACCAAUUUAUUAAGCUGGAUUUCCGAACGUGGUCCAUGUUGCAAGAAACGUGUAGUUAGCGGCGUUAGCGGCUAAAGUCGCUGUCUUUCAAAAGACAGUUUUCAUCAGUUUUCAUCGAUGAGGAAAAAACACUGUUCUAAAGAGCGAGCAGACUGUAUGGGGUCAAGACAUAACAGAAUGACAGAUGAUGACGUUCGGCUGGAUGUUCCGAUCAUUCGGCAGCUGUCACACUGGGACUGUGGCUUGGCCUGCUCCAAGAUGGUCCUCAAGUAUCUUCAUCCAGUCCACGAUGAGGAGUUCCAGAGAGCAUGCUGGGAUCUUCAGCUGACAGAGAGUGUGUGGACUAUCGAUCUAGCCUACCUCAUGUGUCAUCUAGGAAUCAAACACUGCUUUUGCACACAGACUCUAGGUGUGGAUAAGGGUUUCAGGAAUCAGUCUUUUUAUAAGAAACACUUUGACACAGAAGAAGACAGAGUUAAUGAGCUCUUCUUGAAUGCUGACAGCAAAGGCGUGGUGUUGAAAAAAUGUUCAGUCACUGUUGAGGAAAUCCAGUCUCAUCUGGAACAGGGCCACGUUGCCAUAGUGCUAGUGAACGCUGUCAUCUUGACGUGUGAGCUGUGCUCUUCACCAGUCAAAUACUGCUGCUUCAUGCCCGCCGGUCAGAAGUGUUUCUGCAGGAAGCCGGACUACCAGGGUCACUUUGUGGUUGUAUGUGGCUUUAACAGGAAAACAAGUAGCAUUUUCUACAACAAUCCUGCCUAUUCUGAUAGGGUGUGCUGCACCAGUGUUGGUAACUUUGAGGAGGCUCGAUGUAGUUAUGGCACAGACGAAGACAUCCUGUUUGUCUAUAAGGACAGUUGAUGGAUACAUACGUUGGGUUUAUUCUGCUUCUCAUAAUAUUGCUGCUGCUGCUGCAGCUGUCCUGUCUUAGAGCCUUGAUCUUAGCCUGGAGUCAGGAGGUGUCUGCUGCCCUGCUCUCCAGAAAAGAAAAACCUAUGGAGGAAUCUUCACACUCAUUCCCUCUUGUACAGUCCAACCUUUGUGUUCAUGACAGAAUUGAGGAUGUAUUGUUGUUUUUGUUUCUUCACACAAACAGGACGUUAGAAUGGUUUUUAAAAACACUAAUAUGUUAAAGUUUAAAAACUGCAUUUCCAUAUUAAUAGACUAUAAUAUCUGAAACUGUGAGAAAAGGAGUUUUGACACGUGUAGUAAAUGAAACAUAAGCUUCAGGACCUUUGAUAGGAACUGUCAGGAGAUGAUAUCUAUUUUGUAUAAGGAGUGACGUCAGUCCCCAAAGGUGAAGCUGCUCUCAACUCUACCAGAAAAAAUAGGGAUUUUACUACAUAGAUGUUUCAAAAUUGUGCAAUUACAUCAACUCUUUGAUUGAGAUCAAAAUCUUGAGGUCGAGAUAAUGGAUUUUAAAAACUUGAGAUUUGGUUAAGAUUAAUUUGGAGAGUAAUAAUAAAUAAUAAAAAAUGACUUUAAGCAGCAAAUACUCUAUGGGAAUGAUAAAGAAAAGCAAACUUUCCCCCGUAAGGAAGUCGUACCGUAAGAAAUUUCAAAUUCUACCUUUAAUCAGAAGGUUCUGAGAGUAAAAAGGGAAAAUUCAGAGAAAAUUCUAAAUUCUCAUUGAGUUAUAAAAAUCUCAGAGGAGUGAAAGCUGGAACUUCAAGUAAAAAAGGUCAGAAGUAUAACUUCAGUUUCAUAAGUCUCAGGUUUUGGGUUAUACGACGUGUUUAGCUGCCCAUUCAUCAGCUGUGCCACUGCUACUGUGGAUGGACCUACAAUCAUAAUCACCUCAUACUGUACUUUAAUUUUCUCUGUUGUGAUUAAUGUUUCAAUGCAGUGAAAUAUCAGAUUUAUUUGGAGUUUCUCAGGUUUCUAUGGCCCUGACACAGUUACACAACCGGUUUGUGUAGAAAGUGAUAAGACACAACUGAAAGGCCUCGACUUACAAUUUCUGAAGUGACGCUGAUGAUUGUAAAGUUCCAGUUUGAUAGAAGUGCGGGAAAGAACAAUAGACUACUUAACAAUGGUUCUGAUUCCAAAGAAAAGUCCUAGAACAAGACUUGAGUAUUAUCAUCAAAAUGGAAAGAAGAAUACAUGAAGUUUAACCAGUGUGAUAGGAUUAUGCACUCUGACUUGAACCAUCAGACUCUUUGUCUCUGUGUCUUUGAAUCAAGUCCUCAAGGUUUUUGAGUUUUUUGUUUUAAUCUAUGUCAAAGUUAAAAGAAGAAGAAGCUCUAGUCCAGUGAGAGUAAUCCUGCCAAUAAAAAACUGUUGUACAAGUCACCAAACCUGUUUAGACUUGAGUCAGAGUCAGUGUGGAAAGUUCAAGUUCCAAGUCAUAUCCCGGUCCAGUGGUUGUUUUCUUUCUCAGAUUCUGAAUCACAGAAAA